UUUGCCUUAAUACAGGUAGGGGGAAAAUAACUCUCAGUCUGAUCCAGUUGGAGUUACCUUGUUACAAGCUGUCAGAUUAUUUACAGCCAAAACUAACAAUCGAAGGACGUCGAGAUUUCUUUUGUUAAGAUUUCCAUUCACCUCAGGCUCGUUUGUGAGAGAAAACUACACCCUGUAGAUCAUUACAGCUUUAAAAAUGACUGAGUAGAUUUCCUGUUCAAACCUUUCCCGCCCCCUGAUCUUGCUCAUACAGCGAUGGAGAGGCUCUGGGUUGUUCAGGUGUGGCACAAUCUACUAAUGGCGUCUUCUCCACAAUAACCCACCUGGCACGUCUGUUUUGACUUCUGCCCCCCUCAUGGCCUCAAGUUAUUCUGCUCAGUUGGACGGCUCGGCCGAAGUGAAAGAGGGCUUCCUUUGCCCGCUGUGUCUGAAAGACCUGCAGUCCUUCUACCAGCUGCAGGAUCACUACGAAGAAGCGCACUCUGGAGACAACCGCCAUGUCAGCGGCCAACUCAGGAGCCUGGUUCAGAGAGCAAAGAAAGCCAAAGACAAACUCCUGAAACGGGAUGGAGAUGAGCGGAAUGAGAGCAGCUACGAGUCCUUUUACUAUGGAGGCGUGGAUCCCUACAUGUGGGAGCCUCAGGAACUGGGAGCCACUCGGAGUCACCUGGAACUUUUUAAGAAACACAGAGCUGCUAGGAUUGAUCAUUAUGUCAUUGAGGUUAACAAGCGCAUCAUCCGCCUGGAGAAGCUUAUUUCCUUUGAUAGAACCAAUAUGGAUGGUGGGAAGAUAAGAGCACUAGAGAAGUCGGUUGUGCCAUGGGUGAACGAUCAGGACGUACCAUUCUGCCCUGAUUGCGGGGACCGAUUCAACAUCAGGAACAGACGUCAUCACUGCCGUCUCUGUGGUUCUAUCAUGUGCAGAAAGUGCAUGGAAUUUGUGCCUCUCCCUCUGGCGUAUAAGUUAACAAGUGGCACACGAGAGGCCCUGUGUGUACCUGGCAGUCCCAGGCAGGGUGCGUCCCCUGGUGGAGGAGGCCCCACGGUGCAGCAGACCUCACGGCGUGGCUCCAUCACCAGCCUCUCCUCAGUGAGCUCCGUGCUGGAGGAGAAAGACGAGGACAGAAUUCGUUGCUGCCGUCACUGCAUGGAUGCUCUGCUGCGUUACCAGCACAAACUGGAGGAGAAGGACCACGUGCCAGACAUUGUCAAACUCUAUGAAAGGUUGAGGAUGUGCAUGGAGAAAGUGGACGAGAGGGCGCCGGAGUACAUCCGCAUGGCUGAGUCGCUCAACGCUGGCGAGACCACCUAUAACCUAGAAACUGCUGCUGGUCUUCGACUGGAGGUGCAGAAAUACUAUGAGCACAUUGACGCUCUCAGUAAGAAGAUUCUCACACUUGGACUGAAAGGUGACGUACCUCCCCAUCCCAAAUCUGUCCAACUGCAGAAGAUGGUGCGCUACUCAGCGACGCUGUUUGUUCAGGAGAAGUUAUUGGGCCUGAUGUCUCUUCCUACUAAAGAGAAAUACGAGGAGCUGAAAGAGAAAAGAAAAGAGGAACAGGAGAAGAAGCUUCAGCAGGAGAGACAGGCGGCUCUGGAAGCACAAAAGCGUAGACUGGAAAUAGAGAAGAACCGUGCACCCCACAGUGCCAACGGAGACGCCCCUCGGCCCGCACAAGGCCCACGCGUGACUAAAGGCGGCGGCUGGUUGCCUUCUUCAACUUCUCACUCAGCCAAUGAACUGGAUGACCCGCUGCUGCAGCAGAUUAACAAUAUUGAGUCGUUCCUCCAGCAGGCUCGAGCAGCAAAUCGCACCGACGAGGCAGCCAUGCUUGAGGAGAACCUGCGGCAGCUUCAGGAGGAGUUUGACGCGCAACAGAUGAGCCGAGCCAUCGAGAUGUCGCAGCGCCAAGCCCAGGAGGAGGAUCUACAAAGAAGUCAGAUCCUUCAUCUCCAGCAGAGGGAACUGGAGAGCAAAACGAACAGAAUGGACUCAUUCGAUUUGGCCGAUUCAAAGAACGUCGAAGACUACGUGGGAACGUGGGAGAAAGGAGGCGAGAGUGGAUUUGAGGAUUUUGAAACAAGUCCCCAACGCAAGGCUUUGUCAAUAAACUCGUUUCCACGUUUGCCGGGUAAUUCGCCACCUUUACAGCGAGAUUCAUGCACUACAGCUCCCCCUAGUGGAGAGGCUUCGCUAAAUCCUUUUGAUGAAGAUGCCGCCACUCCGGUUGAAGAAGACGCCUCAAACCCUUUCAAUGAAGAAAUCCAGAGAGAGCAGCAGCAGAAAGCUGUCGCAAAACCCAAAGAGUACAACCCUUUCGAGGAAGGUGAGCAUGAGGAGCAGGAUGUAGACACCGGGAAGAACCCCUUUGAGGACGAUGCUGAGGAUGAGGACAAAGGCAACCCCUUUAAAGAGACGUCGGGCGAGACGCCGUCCGCUUCAACCAAUCCCUUCGAAGACGAUGACGACGGCCCUGCACUGGAAGAUAUCAUCGAGGAAGAGCUGUUGCUUCAGCAGAUCGAUAACAUCCGCGCGUACAUAUUCGACGCCAAGCACAGCGGGCGCACAGAUGAAGUGGAGCUGCUGUCCCAAAACCUGAGGGAGCUACAGUGCACUUUACAGGAGCAGAAGAGAAAAGCGCACUGACCAUUGUCAGUUGGUGUGCUUUUUACAACUUUUGUUUUGCUUCUGUUGUUAUCAGGACACUGGAAGUAAAGAUACAUUUUUAAGUGUUGUAUGUUUUGUUUUAGGUUGGUGGAAUGUAUCUGUGCUAAGAAAGUCGGAUAAAACAAAGACUUCGUUGCUAACAUUUAUACAUAGAAUUUCUAACAUUAGUCAUAUGAACGAACCAUUUGGUCUGUCAUUACCUUGCUUGUAUUAGGUCAUAAAGAUGUUUAUUUUAGGGCUAAAGUUUAUCGUAUCGGGCCUCAUUUAUCAAUCUUUAAAUGAGGCGUGUGUAAAUGUUCUCGUAGAACAAACCAAACAACGCUAAUUUCCUUCAUACUAGCAUGUGCAACAUGUACUGUUCAUCCAGAAAUGUCCAGAUGAGUUACACUUACAACCUGAAACUAAAAGCAAGCCCGCAGGGUGCUAAAAAAAAAAAAAAAAAGCACAAUUGCGACUAAACAGCGAGAAAGUAAAAUGCGCUAAAUCUGCCAGUAAUGCAGCUCAGCCACUGCAGAACACACACUAAGCCCUGAUCUCAGUUCUGCUUUACUUUGAUGCCCUCUUGUGGGCUCCAGAUGUGUUUGUGUACUCCGCUUCCCUCUUCCACCUUUUACAGGGUUUUUAAUCUUUAAUUGAACAGCUAGUCGUAUUGUCAGUUUAUACACUUGUAUCGGAUCAAGUCAUUAACAGGAAGUGUCAGAAAAGCUGUCAUUAAUUUAGAUCGAAAUAAAUAAGCGAUUCAUCCCAACAUAAUUCCUUUAACAAAUUUCAAUAUCGAAUCACUAAUUAUGCAAUUAUAAAGCUUCACCUUAAUGCACCGCCUUAAACCGUACGUAAACCUACACAAAGACACUCAGGAUUUUUUUAUUCAUUUUGCAUUUAUGUAAAUGCUCCUGCUACAGACGUUGAUAAAUGAGGCCCGUUGUUUGGUGAUUAGACUCGUCUUAACACGUGUGAGCCAAACCAACAAAUCAUUUUCUCACCCACAAAGGUCACCACGUGGAAUACAUAGACUGACAUCAGGGUUCUUCGUGUUCUAUAUCAAAUACGUAGUAUAUUUGGAACAGAUACUCAACAACUUUGCAAUAUUUUCAUCAUAACACUAUUAGCAGCAUGACAGAAAUGUUGCUUUGUCCAAGAGGUGCGCAACAUGGUCAGAAUUUUGAUCAUGAUUAUACUUUCCAUUACCUCAGAGGACAUUUGGUGAUUCGUUCGAUCACAGAAACCCUCGUUAAGGACAGCUGAUUGGUCAGGAUUGAUUGAUUGAUUGAUUGAUUGAUUGACGGCUCAUUUGUAUGGCAGUGCAUGGCUGCUGCACAGGAGAAUAAUAAUCUCAUCAGGAGCUUGUUAUUAAAAGAAAGCAUCUUGAUUUAUCAUGAGAAAAAUAUCUCAAUAUUAUUUACAGAAAAGCAUCUCAUUACAGGAAAACAGUCAACUGUCGGCUAUAUUAUAAAAACUAUAAAUAUAUAUAUUAUUUUAUAACAAUGCUCAAAAUUCUGUUUACUUGCUUUCUCAGCUAAUUUUCAUAUAAUAGAGAUGUUUUCUCAGAAUAACAAGACACUGGUGGUGAUUUCGUGCAAGACAUCUGUGAUAUUGUUGAAAAGGUGAGCAUGCCAUGAUAAACCAAUGACAAACUAGGAAUAUAUAUCAAUUUUCCUAAGUACCAACAUGAGAAUUUGAUCAAUAGUAGUGUAAAGAUUUGUAAGAUAAUGCUACAAACAUUUUAUUUCAAGAUCUGUGCACCUGCUUGUUUGCUUGAUGAAUGACAUUUUAAUUCAAAGAAGCCCUUCAUGGCCUGGUGUAACUGCCUGUACAACAGACUUGGGAAUGAAUGUGCUCCACUGGUUUAAGACUUGUGUAUGAAUAAUCUCAAGUCGUUUGGUGAAAUGAACAGGUCUUCUUUUCAUUUUUUCGAAUGUGAAAGCUUGUUAGACUGAGGUGGUGACCUUUUCAGUGAUUUCUGCUCAACUCCACACUCCACGUUCUUGGGUAAUGCAACCAACUGUCCGUCGAAUCUGUUUAAAUAGCUUUCCGUCACGGUGUGCUGACCCUUCUACAGUCUCUUCUUUAAUGCCGAUGUUGGAUGUCUGCUUAAAUAUGUGAUCUAUACUUUAGUUACACAGUGGAUAUGUUGGCUAACACUAAAUCAGUUCUGCACUGACAGGUCUAUCCUAUACACUUUAGGAGAGAAUCACAAUACAGAUUUUUUUUUCCUUUAACAGUAGUAACAAGAUUUAUUUAUCAUGAAUAGGCAGUAUUUCAAGUGAGCACGUCCGCGCAGGGCCAAAUGAAGAACGAUGUUCUUUGUUAGGUUUUGUUUUGGUGAUAACAAGUAGCCAUAAAUGAUGUGCUUGUGGCUAAUGUCAGUGGAAGCCUGUUCACAUUCAGAAUGCAAACACUGCACUAAUAAAACGGAUCAAAUAAA